AUUUUGUCCUCAUCUCAAUCUCCCGCCGCUUGUAGCCUCUCUCUAUAUAUACAAAACCAAUCAAAGCUUUAACUGCCCAUCUCCCUCCUUCCCAUUUUUCCAUAUCUUCUCCAACUUUCUUACUUAUCUUUUAAGGCCUUGAUUGGAUUACAACUACAAACACGAUAAGCCAUCAUGAAGCUCUUGAAGUUGAGAUCCAAGAAGUUCUUGAGAAGCAACUCCAGCAACAAGAUUGAAAACAACAAUAAAUGUACAAGUCCCACCAGCAGCGUUUGUGGUGGCGAACAGAUUAAAUGGGAAAUGCGUCCCGGCGGCAUGCUUGUUCAGAAAAGGGUAUGUGAAGAUUCCGGCAGCAGCUGCACCGCCAGCAGCGACGGCGGAGACGGCGUGAUCACCGUCAGAGUCUCCACCUUCUCCAAUUGCCACAAUACAGUCUCCAUCCAAUCAACUUCCACCUUCGGUGAAUUAAAGUUGAUGUUGUCAUUAGUGACAAAUUUGGAGCCAAAGGAGCAAAGACUAUUGUUCAAAGGAAAAGAAAGAGACGACAAUGAAUAUCUACACAUGGUAGGUGUUAGAGACAACGACAAAGUUCUGCUCUUGGAAGAUCCGGCCGUUAAAGAGAGGAAACUGAGAAUGGGUUUGGCCGGCGCCGGCGUCGGAGCAAGGGAAGUCAUCAUGGGCUCUCCUUAUCGGACCAUCAGUGUCUAACUACUUCAAUCAACGUUACCUGUCGAUUCUACUGAUCAAAAUCAUAUGUGUCGUUUUUUUUCCUCUGUUUUGUUACUGUAUUUUUUUUUUUUUUUGGUGUUUUUAUAAUCCCUAACUAACUACUACUCUCCUUACCUAAUUUUAAUGAGUACCUACCAGUGGUGAUUGAUGAAAGCUUUUCACCAACUCGUGUAGUGUAUUAUUGAUGUGAUUAUUGGAUUAAUUUUUAAAUAGUGUUGAUGGGGUCAUUUUGGUGUGUAUUAUUGGCUACCAUUAUGUAUCUCUAUGUCGGUCGGUUUAGGCAUCUUAAUCUCUCCUUUGUUAGAUCAAGGAAGCAUCGUAUCCACAUCAUUUUGAGAUUAUGUAUCUACAACUCCAAUGAUAUUAAUUCUUAUUGUCUAUGUAAAGUUUGAAUUUUUUUUUCUAUGGUACAACUUUAUUACUAGUA